CAGGCUGCAAGGUCCGCAUCCAAGGGGACAAGACAGCGGAGCGGCUCUUUGAGAUCCCCGAUGAGGAGCAGUGCCUCAGGUUCCUCGCGGAAGUGCAGAGCAUCCAGGAUGCCCACAUGAAAGCUUCUGUUCCUGAACCUAAGGACUCAGCCAGCUGGCAUCAGGUGGAGAAGAACCUCCCAACUCUGUCACACACCUCUUCUUCAGGGGCCCUGGGGUUUGAGGAUGACUUCAACACUCUAAGCCUGGAAGAGAAGAGGAACAUGCAGAACCAGCCGGGGGCUCGCCGGGAACCCCCACGGCCUCCUUCUGUGCCUCAGAACAGGCAAGCCCACCGAGAGAGGGAAGGUGCCUCCAGAGACCAGCCCGAGGUGACCAACACCAUGCGCAAGAUGUUCUUGCCCAGCACGCAGCUGGGGCAGAGAGAAGGUCUGAUCAAGCACGUGCUUGCCAAGAGGGAGAAGGACUAUGUCAACCUUCACAACUUCAGGUUUUUUGUGGGGACAUGGAAUGUGAAUGGGCAGUCUCCAGACAGCAGCCUGCAGCCCUGGCUGGUGUGUGACAUGGAGCCUCCAGACUUCUACUGUAUUGGGUUCCAGGAGCUGGACCUCAGCACAGAAGCUUUUUUCUACUUUGAUUCUUCAAAGGAGCAGGAAUGGCUGUUGGCUGUGGAGAAGUCCCUGCACCCUAAGGCCAAAUAUAAGAAAGUGCAGAUGGUCAGGCUGGUGGGGAUGAUGCUGCUCAUAUAUGCUAAGAAGGAUCACCUGAGCCACAUCCAGAAGAUUGUGACAGAGACUGUGGGCACAGGGAUCAUGGGAAAGAUGGGCAACAAGGGUGGGGUGGCUGUGAGGUUUGUGUUCCACAACACCACCUUCUGCAUUGUCAACUCCCACCUGGCCGCUCACGUGGAGGACUUUGAGCGGCGCAACCAGGACUAUAAGGACAUCUGUGCUCGGAUGAGUUUUGAGAUCCCUGCUGAUGGGCUGCCUCAGCUCAACAUCAUGAAACAUGAUGUUGUCAUCUGGCUCGGGGACUUGAACUACAGGCUCUGUCUGCCCGAUGCCAGCGAGGUGAAAAGUCUCAUCAGCAGGAACGAGCUGCAGAAGCUGCUGACCUACGACCAGCUGAACAUCCAGCGCACCCAGAAGAAAGCCUUUGCAGACUUCAUCGAGGGAGAGAUUAAAUUCAUCCCCACCUACAAAUACGAUUCCAAAACAGACCGCUGGGACUCCAGUGGGAAGUGCCGCGUGCCGGCCUGGUGCGACCGGAUCCUGUGGAGAGGGAGCAACAUCGCCCAGAUGCGCUACUGCAGCCACAUGGACCUCAAGACCAGCGACCACAAGCCUGUCAGUGCCCUCUUCCGCAUCGGGGUCAAGGUUGUGGAUGAGCAGAAGUGUCGGAAGACGUUCGAAGACAUCGUGCGUAUGAUGGACAGGAUGGAGAACGACUUCCUGCCCUCGCUGGAGCUGAGCAGGAGAGAAUUUGAGUUUGAGAACGUGAAGUUCCGUCAGCUGCAGAAGCAGAAGUUCCAGAUCACCAACGACGGGCAGGUCACCUGCCACUUCUCCUUCAUCCCGAAGCUCAACGACACCCACUACUGCAAGCCAUGGCUUCGGGCAGAGCCCUGUGAGGGCUACUUGGAGCCAGAUGAGAGCACAGAGAUCUCCCUGGACGUGUAUGUCAGUAAGGACUCGGUCACCCUGCUCAACUCUGGCGAGGACAAGAUUGAGGACAUUCUUGUCCUUCACCUGGACCGGGGCAAGGACUAUUUCCUCACCAUCAGUGGCACCUACCUGCCCAGCUGCUUUGGCACCUCCCUGGAGGCCCUGUGCCGAAUGAAGCGACCCAUCCGCGAGGUUCCAGUCACCAAGCUCAUUGACCUGGGAGAAGACAGCUUCUCAGAAAAGGAGAAAUCCAUUCUGCAGAUGGACUCCCUGGACAGCGAGGAGGCUGGGGAGACACCACUGCAGGUGCCAAAGGAGAUCUGGCUCUUGGUGGACCACCUGUUCAAGAAUGCCUGCCACCAGGAGGACCUCUUCCAGACCCCCGGCAUGCAGGAGGAGCUGGAGCAGAUCAUCGAUUGCCUGGACACCAGCAUCCCCGAGACAAUCCCAGGCAGCAACCACUCGGUGGCUGAAGCUCUCUUGAUCUUCCUGGAGGCCCUGCCAGAGCCAGUGAUCUGCUACGAGCUGUAUCAGCGCUGCCUCGACUGGUCCCACAGCAGCAGGCUCUGCCGACAGGUGAUCUUCCAGCUGCCGCGCUGCCACCGCAGCGUCUUCCGGUACCUGAUGUCCUUCCUCCGCGAGCUGCUCCGCUACUCGGAGGACAACAACGUCACCGCCCCCAUGAUCGCCGCCCUGUUCUCCAGCCUGCUGCUGCGCCCCCCGCCCAACCUGCAGGCCAAGCAAGCUCCGCAGGAGCGCCAGCGAGCCAUCAACUUCCUCUACAGCUUCCUGCUGGCCGGGGACGAGGAGUGACAGCUGCCGAGUGCCAAAGCCGGGCGCCCCGGCUCUCCCCG